AAACAAAGAGCGAAGCUAACUCUGAAGGAGAAACACCGUUGAUCUUCCACUGAGAAACUUUUUACUUUUUUUUCUCUAACCUAGCACUUGUUCACUGCAAAGCUCUUUUUUGUUACACUUUGCAGCAAUCUAGGUCUCAUCAUGAGAUGCUGUACUUUAGUUGUGUGUUUAGUUUUGGGGAUAAGCAUGCAGGAUGGAUGGAGUGCUCCCCUCAAAUCUGUCAUGGUUACCUUCCCAGGAGACAUCAUCAAAAAUAUGACUGAUAUGGAGCUGGCAGAAAGUUAUCUGACGAAGUUUGGCUACAUGAAGACAUUGCGCCGCAGUACCCACCAGCCUAUGGUGUCUACCUCCAAAGCUCUGAAGAGGAUGCAAAGGCAGAUGGGGUUGGAUGAGACUGGACUGUUGGAUAAGCCCACCCUGGAUGCCAUGAAACAGCCUCGCUGUGGGGUUCCUGAUGUAGCCAACUAUGCAACAUUUGAAGGAAACCCUAAAUGGGACCAUAACGAUGUCACUUAUAGGAUCCUCAACUAUUCUCCAGACAUGGAGAGCUCUCUGAUUGAUGAUGCCUUUGCCAGAGCCUUCAAGGUGUGGAGUGAGGUGACCCCUUUAACCUUUACUCGCCUCUUUAGCGGGACAGCUGACAUCAUGAUAUCAUUUGGAAAAGCCGACCAUGGAGACCCAUACCCAUUUGAUGGUAAGGAUGGCCUUCUGGCCCAUGCUUAUCCCCCUGGUCAGGGUGUGCAGGGAGAUGCCCAUUUUGAUGAUGAUGAACAUUGGACUUUGGGAAAAGGAUCAGUUGUGAAGACUCUCUACGGAAAUGCGGAUGGUGCAUUGUGUCACUUCCCCUUCACUUUUGAGGGCAAAUCCUACACGACAUGUACCACUGAAGGCCGUACGGACGACCUGCCAUGGUGUGCCACCACUGCUGACUACAACAAAGACAAGAUAUUUGGCUUCUGCCCAAGUGAACUUUUGUACACAUUUGGAGGAAACGCUGACGGAGCCCAGUGCGUCUUCCCCUUCGUCUUUCAGGGGGAAGAAUAUGACAGCUGUACCACAGAGGGCCGCAGUGAUGGCUACCGCUGGUGUGCCACCACGGACAACUUUGACAAUGACAAAAAAUUUGGAUUCUGUCCCAGUCGUGACACUGCUGUAAUCGGUGGAAAUUCAGAGGGGGAGCCCUGCCACUUCCCGUUUGUGUUCCUGGGUAAAGAGUAUGACUCCUGCACAAGUGAGGGGCGAGGAGAUGGCAAGUUGUGGUGCGGUACCACCGACAACUACGAUGAUGACAAGAAAUGGGGCUUCUGUCCUGACCAGGGUUACAGCCUCUUCCUGGUGGCAGCCCAUGAGUUUGGACAUGCCCUCGGCCUGGAUCACUCCAAUAUUAGAGAUGCUCUCAUGUAUCCCAUGUACAGCUAUGUGGAAGACUUCUCCCUGCAUCGAGACGACAUUGAAGGCAUUCAAUAUCUCUAUGGACCCAAAACAGGCCCUGAUCCCACACCCCCUCAGCCCAACCCUCCUACUACCGCCGACCCAGAUCAUGAUGAGACUGACGCUACAGAUGAACCUGAACCCACUGAAGCCACCACAACUACCACCACACGGCCUGUGGAUCCAACCAAAGAUGCCUGCAAGUUUACCAAAUUUGACACCAUCACUGUGAUUAAUGAAGAACUACAUUUCUUCAAGGAUGGGUAUUACUGGAGGAUGCCCAGCAGGAAUGGAGGUGUCGAGGGACCGUUUGCUGUUUCUGAGAGAUGGCCAGCUCUGCCAGCUGUCAUUGACUCUGCCUUUGAAGAACCCCUGACUAAAAAAUUGUACUUCUUUUCAGGGUCCCGAUUCUGGGUGUACACAGGACCAAGUGUUCUGGGUCCCCGCAGCAUAGAAAAACUCGGCCUCCCCAGCAGCAUUCAGAAGGUGGAGGGAGCACUGCAGAGGGGAAAAGCAAAAGUGCUGCUCUUCAGUGGGGAGAACUUCUGGAGGCUUGAUGUGAAGGCCCAGAAAAUCGACAAUGGGUACCCUCGAUACACAGAUGUUGUCUUUGGUGGCAUUCCCACUGAUGCUCAUGAUGUAUUCCAGUACAAAGAUCACAUCUACUUCUGCCGGGACCGCUUCUACUGGCGUAUGAAUUCCCGCAGACAGGUGGAUCGUGUUGGUUAUGUGAAAUACGACCUCCUCAAGUGCUCAGAUUCAUCAGGUGUUCGCUACUGAAGAGAUGAACAUGCAUAGGUGAACUAGAAAUUGUCAGUAAUGUGGUGACACCUUUCGCUCUCCUGUGCGGGUGUUAGGAUUCUCCAUCAGUAUUUGUGUUUGGCCUGUUGUAUGAUGUGUGAUGUGCUUUCUGGGAUGUGAAUACUUGGCCACAAUUGAUGUAACAUACAACAUUUGGUCUAAAAAUAAUCCAAAGACCCAGUACAGGAAAGCAAAUUAUGACUUUUGGCACUGCCCUGCCCCCAGUCUGAUAAUCUGUGAAAAUAAAGGUUACGGUGUUCUAAAAUUUGAGACACUAACCAUAAUUUAAAUAGUCUCAAAAGCUGUCUGGACCAGAAUCCAGAUUUGCUGAAUAGUUUCUAUAUGUCUGACAGGUUCAGGCUCUUAACAUUAUUAUUAUUAUUAUUAUUGGAUUAUUUUGGUAUUUAUAGCAAUAUCUAAUAUUAUUUUUGUGUUCUUAAGCUUGUUUGUUUUGUAUAAUUGUAUGUGUGUAUUUCUGAAAAUGGCUCCAAAGCCAAAUACUUGCACUGGAUGACAAUGCAUGUCUCCUUCAUGGAACUUAUUUAUGAAACUGAUGUUUUGUAUGAAAGUUUUAACUCAAUGCAAUAAACAUUCUGUGAAAAUUA